GAGGAGGCUGCUUCCUGCUUGCCUUCUCACUCUCGCUUCCACUCCAGCUCCGGCUUCUUCCACGGCCGCCGCCGCCCGCGACCGCCGUAGCAUCAGAGCUCGCGCCUCUCGCGCAUGGUUCUUGCUUGACGCGUAUCGAUCGGUUGCACUGUGACUAACUAACUGGUUAAGCGUGGUGACGAGAGGCGAGGCGGGAUGACGCCGGUGGAGGCGGCGGACGACUGCUCGGCGUGCGCGUUCUCGCUGAUUUGCGAGGAAGACGGCGCCGACCUCGGCGACGGCGUCGUCGACGAUGGCGAGUUCUUCUCGCUCUACAAUGCCGGCGAUGAUGAGGAGUACGUGGAGCAGCUGGUAUUUAAGGAGACCAGCUUCUGCUCCUCCUCCGACUCCGCCGCCGACGCCGAUGAUGAAGGAGACUACUCGUCGCCCGCCUCCGAGGAAUGGUUCCGGCAAGCCCGCCUCGCCGCCGUCAAGUGGAUUCUUGAAACGCGCGGGUGGUUCGGAUUCGGCCACCGGACGGCGUACCUCGCCAUCGCCUACUUCGACAGUUUCUGCCUCCGGCGACGCGUCGAUAGGGCCGCGAUGCCGUGGGCAGCGCGGCUGCUGUCCGUGGCGUGCGUGUCCGUGGCCGCCAAGAUGGAGGAGUGCCGCGCGCCGGCGCUAUCGGAGUUCGACGCCGGCGGCGGCUACGAGUUCUGCUCGGCGUCCAUCCGCCGUAUGGAGCUGCUCGUGCUGUCCACGCUCGGGUGGCGCAUGGGCGCCGUCACGCCAUUCGACUACCUCACCUGCUUCUCUUCCCGGCUCCAUCAGCACGGCGGCGGCGGCGGCGAUGGCCGUGACGGCGCUCGUGUCGCCUUCAAGGCUAUCGGCUUCAUCUUUGCCACAGCUGAAGCUGGUAGUGUGCUUGAUCACAGGCCAUCCACUGUGGCUGCAGCUGCAAUCUUGGCUGCAUCCUAUGGACCUCUACUGACCAAAGAAGCACUGGAUUCCAAGAUGAGCUUUCUUUCUCCAUCUUGUCUUAUUGAGAAGGAGCAUGUACAUGGCUGCUACAGUAUGAUGGUUGGGGACAUGAACAGGAGGAGUAACAAGAGAUCAUUGCCAUGUUCAGGCUCCAAUGAGGUUGCCACUAGUACAUAUGAUUAUGUUCUUGUUGAUGAUGUUACCGGCACCGGCGCCUUUGCGACGGCGAGGAAUAAGCGGAUCAGGCUGGAGCUGCCGGGCAUCCGUUGAGAAGCUAGCACCACCGGGGACACAAUUUUUAGCCAGAUGUCUAGGGGGGCUUGGUUAGAUCUUCCCUUUUUUUUCCCAUUCUUUUUCCUCCUUUUUUAACAUAUAUGUUUGCAAAAAAAAAAAGAAUUUUAGGUUGUUUGAGCCACUGCCAUGGGUUGGCAUCGGCAAUGCUGUUAGAUUGGAUUGGUUUGGUUUGUGAGAGGUGGAAGAAUGAACAAGGCAAAUAGCUGAGCUCUCCUAUGGAGAGGAGAGCUUAGGUUAAUAAGCCCAAUGUCAGUGCCCAAAUGGGGCACAUUUCCAGUGAACUUUACUCCAAAGUUGCACUGUUUGAUUUGACAUUGUGGAUGCCAUGUUGCAUUGCAAUUUGCAUUUGCAUUUGCAUAUGGUGAGAUUCUGCUGCUGCAGAGAAGCUGCAAAAACAAGUGGUAACAACACUGAAAGGAUGGGAGUUUUGCCAUUGUUUAUAGAGAGAGAGAGCUGUUUCCCUUUUUCACUUGUGCAAGUGGUUGUGUGUGUGUGAGUGGUGUUUCACUCAGCUGCACUGCACUUGCAUGGGUUACAUUGGUUUGUAACAAAAUCUUGUGGAGUGGUUGUGUACUUAUGUAACCCCUCUUGUUCAUGAGGAAUGGAAUCAGAUUGCAGGUUGUGCAUGCCUGA